GACACACUGCGCAAGUUCACUCCCACUCUUUUGGACAGGCUGAAUUGAAAACACAAAACACGUGUGACCCAAGGGAAGCAGGAAAAUCAGUUUGUUUGGUGGUAUAAUUCACAUAAAACUUUUAGCGAAGUAAGCGGCACACUUCAAAGCAAUGAAAGCCGAGAAGCGGGCAAAGAAGCCAAAGGGUGGCGACAAAAUAAAGAAGAGGUUCGUCGACGAUAGUCUGGUGGAUGAACCGAAAAUUAAAAUGAAGCGGAGGAAAUUCCAACCAGACAGAAACUUGGAGACGAAAACGCUGUUGAAGUUCGCCCAUGCAAAGACCUCAGAUGGUAUGAAGAAAAGUCAACUUAGUGCAACGAAGAAAAAUGCUGAAGACGAAGAAAAAGAAGCGGAGGAUAAGCCACUCUUGCAGCCUCCGGAGGUGGAGUCGAAGAAACUGGAGAAAUACUCCAGAGGAGAAGGUAUCCGAGUAAGGAGCUUUAAGUCCAAAACUUUCAAGAGGAGAAUUGCGAACAAAGAAAAGAAAAUACAGUUUUCCGCUGAAGAAGCUGCUAGGAAUGAAAUCCUGAUGACCGAAACUACAGGAUUUCUUGAGUCUGAGGGCUACGAAGAAACUUCUAAAAUCAGACAAAAACAAAUCAUAAAAGCUGUGGAUGUAACAAGCGCCACAAAGCAUUUUGAGCUCAACCUUGAGUUUGGACCGUACCGAAUCGACUACACAAGAAACGGACGACACUUGUUGCUGGGAGGUCGCCAAGGUCACGUCGCUGCGUUCGACUGGGUCUCCAAGAAGCUUAUGUGUGAAAUCAAUGUGAUGGAAGACGUCUUGGAUCUAAAGUGGCUCCAUACAGAGAAUAUGUUCGCCACUGCUCAAAAAGAGUGGGUCUUUAUUUAUGACAAUGAAGGCACCGAAAUCCACUGCGUUAAACAAAUGCACAAAAUUCUCAGGCUGGAGUACCUGCCCUACCACUUUUUGCUUGCCUCUGCUUCGGAAACGGGUCACUUGAACUGGCUAGAUGUGUCUGUUGGAAAAACUAUUGCUGGAUUCCAAACCCGAAUGGGCAGACUGACACACAUGGCACAAAACAACUACAAUGGCACCAUUGCGCUUGGGCAUCCAACAGGAGUCGUCACCCUGUGGAGUCCAAUGGUGAAAGAGCCGCUGGCCAAAAUGUUGUGCCAGAAAACUGCCAUUAUGUCGAUGGCCAUAGAUCCUGCUGGCAAGUACAUUGCCAGUUGCGGCAUGGACCGCAACAUAAACAUCUGGGACAUCAGGGCGAUGAAACCAAUGCAGAGCUACCGAGUUACCGGAGUUCCAACAUCACUUUCCAUCAGCCAAAGAGGAUGUCUUGCAGCUGGUAACGGGGACAUUGUUCAGUUAUACAAGGAUUGCAUCACAGUUCCUGCGGAGGGACCAUACAUGACUUUCAAAUGCAAGCAGUGGACUGUCAGGCAAGUCCAAUUUUGCCCGUAUGAAGACGUCCUCGGCAUAGGCGCUGAAAGAGGCUUCUCAAGCAUUCUUGUGCCUGGCUCGGGAGAACCCAACUUUGACUCGUACGAACACAACCCAUUCAGGACUAAAGCUCAGCGAAAGGAAGCUGAGGUGAAAGCUUUGCUGGAGAAGGUUCCUGCAGAGUUGAUUACGCUGGACCCUCUGGCCAUCACUGAAGUGGACAUCCCAUCCCUGCACGAUAAACUGGAGGCUCAGAAGAAGCUUUUGUACAUGAGGCCACCUAAGAUCGAUUUCAACCCUAGAAGAAAGAACAAGAAAGGAGGGGGUAUUCAGGCUGCAAAGACAAGACAAAUUCUUCGAGAGGAAGCCAAAAAGGACUUCAUCAAGCUUAUUAAGAAGAAUAAAACAGACAUGCUUGUGCCUGUUGGAGGAAAUAAGGUACAGCAACAUGCUGAACCUCCUAGUGUGUUAGAUAGGUUCAAAGCUAAGCCUAAAAAGAAAAAUCAGAUUGCUAUUUGAAUUUGGAAUAUUUUGUAUCUCAAGUAUGACUGUAUUAUGUAAAUUCGUUUAUAAAUGAAAGCUACAAUACAAGA